AUGGACCCACUUGAGGAUAUUGUGCUUUGCAGCAGUCAAUUGUUUCCGUUGCACUGUGUUCAUAAGCUUGUUUCGUUUUAUACCUUUUCCGACAACAGGGCGUACAACGCACCGGCCGUGCUGGCUCUAGCAACUAUGGAGCCCGAGCGCUCCAGCCCGGCCAUUGCCGGGCUGGCGCUCAACGCGAGCCUAAAUGGCUUCCUUAGAGGAGUGGUACAGCAUCUCUUAGACAAGGCGCCGCACGCAAACUUCUUCCGCAGUGCGGUGUCCUGCGUGGUCGUGGACGAUUAUCGCGACCAUGUUCCAUCCGACCGGGAAAUGUAUUUGAACAAAAUCCUUGAGCGUACAGAGGCUCACUUCUACUCCGACGUUGUCGCGUUCCGCGCGGACUUGCAGUUAUUGUACGAGAACGCUGCAGCUUACAAUGGCCGUAACGGCGCGCCACACCAAUGCGACCCCGCAACUCCUACCGCUGCGUCACCCCAGCUCCAGAUGCUGCUGCCGGCACCGCCGUCGCCACAAGCGGCAGCAGCUGACGAACCGCUACAGCCGUCGCAACAGCCUCAGGAUGAGCCCCAAGCUGAAGAGGGAACGCAAACGCAGCAACGACGGGAGGAAGGGCAGCAGCAGCAGCACCAGCAGGCCGUGCAGCACCAGCAGCAGCUUCAACCCGUGCCUUCCGGGGCAGCAGCGGUUUGCGAUGGCGGCCAGAGCUCGCCAUGUCCUGGCGGAGUCAACGGCGGCUCCGCCGGGCAGCAGUCCUCUUCCCCCAGCAGCGGCAGUGGCGACGGAUCUCAUUCAGGACUUGAGGCGCUCCUUGCGGCCUGUGAGCUGGCGGCGGAGCAGGACUCCGCCGCACCUCGUGGCGGCCGCGGCGGCGGUGGUGCUGACUCCGUUGCGGCCGCUGCUGUCCCGGAGCGGCAUUCUUACCCGGGCUGUAGCGGGCAGACGAAGCAGCAGCUGCAGCAACAGCAUUCGUCACUCGAGGCGCUGGAGGGUGGGGAAUCGGCGCAGGAUGCUGCAGGGACAGCCUUGGGACUGGGUCCCGUCCCAGCGGCGAAGGAGCAGCGGGAACGUGAGUACGCUGCGGGGUCAUCGGAGGGCGGCGGCAUGGCGCUAUGCUGUGUGGGCAGCGGCGGAGGCGGAGGCAGUGCGGAGGGGGUGGCCACGACCCCGCCGGCGGGGGUAAAUGGAGGCGGAGGGCCUGCCGGAGGGUUGGGCGGUACCGGCGGUCCGGGCGGCAACGGCGCGGGCGGCUCGUACUUGGCCUCAAACGCGUUUAAGAACCGGCGGCACAAGAGCAAGCGGGUGGUCGUGUCGCAGCGGUGCGCCGGAUACCUUUCCUUUCUUCCUCUUCCCGCUGAGGGCAACCUGCCACCCCACCUAGAUGGGGGCCUGUAUCCCUACCAGCGAAUAAGAAUACAGCGCUUGUGCUGGGUGUACAUCAAGCCCAACAAGGUGGUAUACCUGCCUACGACCUUCGUGGAGGAGGAGUUCGAUGUGGCGGCCCUGCCUCUGGACUGCGAGCUGCGGGUGGAGGCGGACGGGGUGCUCACGGAUGAGACGUUCAGGGUAAGCAUUAAGGCGGUUCCACGUCAGGGACUGUCCACCAUGUACUGCAUGACCAACGUGAUGCGCUUCCAGCAGCAGUACCUGAACUGGCAGAUAUAUAACUGGACCAGAGUCGACAACAGCCACAUCAAGAUCCACCUGCAGUCCCCCAGGGACCUGGUGCUACAGCGCCCUGAACUGGACCGGUCUGCCAGCAUGCCAGAGGUCGGCCGCACCUUUGGUCACAGCUUGCGAGGAGGCAGCGAGGACGGUGCGUUGGUGCAGCACCAUGCGGCUCGGGGGGCCGGCGGCGGCGGGGGGCCCGGUGGCGCCGCCGCCGCGUCGUCCUCGUCGCUGAAGCGCAAGAGCGACACGGGGCGAUACAACGUCACCCGGGUCGAGCGCCGCCUGGUUCCGGAGCCUGGCGGCAGGGAGGUUCCUCUGCCCCUGGAGCUGCGUCUCCCCGCCACGGGCUACCUGCAGUACCCCAGUCCCAUUCCGGAGAGCCCCCCACCGCGCGGCAGUAACAGCAGCAUCGUCACGAAACAGGACCAGCAGACUUGCAGUGAGGAUAGCAGCGGGCCCGUGCUCGGUGCAGACGCGACGGCAUCGGCUGCGGCAGCAGCAGCAGGGAUGCCGUUGCAGCUUUCCUGGCACGCGACGGCGUCGGCUGCCGCCGCCGUCGGUGGCGGCGGAAGGACCACGCGGCUUCCAGCCACUGGCGGCGGCGGCGGCGGCACCGCCGCCACCAGCAUGCGCAGCAGCACAAGUGCGCUACAGCCUCUGGAACUUACGCAGCAGCAGCUGCAGGAAGUUGCGGAGCAGCUACAGCUUCAGGCGCAAGCGGUGGGGACCGAGUUGGCCCCGCUCUCGGCGCUACAGCUGGCCAUGGCAGCGCUACAGCAGCAACAGCAGCAGUCGCUAUUGGCGGCGGCACUGCCGCGCAGCGGCGGCGCCAUCGACGUCGGUGCUGCUGCGGCCAGCGGCGGCGGUGUUGUCACCGUAGCGCCCUUGGACUUGGCGACGCCCAUAGAUCAGGAGCGGCUGCUACAGCAGCUCGGUCUGGGGCCCGGCUCUGGGGCAAUCUCACACUCCCAGAUCCGCAGCAGUGGGCACCGCGGCAGUGGCGGCGCCACCGUCAGCGGGGUCGGGAGCUUCCUGCACCUGGCGACAUCUGGCCACCGGAGCAGCGGUGACGGCAUGAUGACGGAUGGUGACUAUCCGCAACGAGGGCAGAGUAAUUCGGGAUCCCUGGAGCCGUACGCCUUGCUUCAGCAGCAGCCGUCCCAUUGCCAUCACGACGAGCAGCAGCAGCAGCAGCAGCAGCAGCUGCGAAGGUCGUCCCACGGCGACCGGGGCCGGUACGGCGCUGUCGCCGCCGGAGCCGGACAAAUGAUCCGGAACGCCUUGUCUGCUGCGCAGCAGAUGCAGCAAUACGCUGAGGAGGAGAACAACAAGAGGCCGUUAGCUGACGCCGCGGGAGAUGCCACCGCCGCCGCCGCCGCGGCCCUGGCCGCUGCUGCCGGCGGCCGCACCUCGGAUCAUCAGCUCCACCAGCUGCAUCCCUCACAGCACCCGCCGCCGCAGCAGCAGUCGCAGCAGCCGCACCAUGAUGGCCUGACGGUGGAGGAGGUGGAUGAGCACCACAUCGUUUGCCAUCCCCGUCGCAGCGCAAGCGGCAGCGGGAUGCACGUCGUCGGUGGCGCCGCCGGCAAGCUGUUCCCGGCGGCGAUGGGUACCUUGGUCAACGGCGGGCGCAUUUUGCUGGAGGUUGGUUCAGCUGGCGGCGGCGCCGCCGCCGCCGCCGUUGGGUCCCGUAUCAGUGGCAGCGGCCGCCGCCUUCCUGGCGGUCCCGGAGGCGUUAUUUCCCACAUGGACCUGGCACAAGCUGGCGGCAUUGGCCUGGCGGCGGCGUUCCCUGGAGCAUUGGAGCUCCCUGAGUACAACCCGGCGGAUAUCAUUUUCCUGUCGCCAAGCAAACGCUUCAAGAUAGCUUUUGGCGCAGACAGCAGCGCUGCCACUGCAGCAGCGGCCGCUGCUGCGGCGGCGGCGGCGGUCGGCGGCGGCGGCAACGGCGAGUUAUCCGUACUUGAGCAAGUGCUGAGCCUGCGGGCGGCAGCAGGGCUGCCUGUGGCAGCGGAGGCAGCUGCGCUGGCGGCGGCGCUGCGCCAGGGUGGUGGCGGAGGCGGCGCAGCCGCCGCCGCGGCCUUGAGUGGCCGCCCCUUUCUGCCCGUUGGCCCUGAGAUCAUGGGACAACUCCUCGCGCUGGAGCUGAAUGUUUUCAUGUGCGCCACGGGACAUUGGCGAUACAUAGUCUUCGAUGCGUGUGGUGGCACCCGGGGUCUGGGGCUGCUGCCGGACGGGUUCAUGGACAGGCGCAUGGCUUGUGGCUUAAGGGCUUUACUUGCGCCACCUGCCGUGUGCGCGCUGUUUUCGGGUCGGCCGCUGAAAGGCUGCACGUUUGUUUGA